AAGAAGAAGAAGAAGAAGAAGAAGAAGAACUCAAGAGAAACACAAAACAUAAACAAAACAAACAAUGCAGUCAUUCCAACAGUUCACUCAAACUCACUUCUGGGCUGUCAGGGACUAUCUCGCACCGGUCUUGAGGGAAUCCAAAUUCAAAGAACAUGGUCGAAUCACCCCAGAGGAAUUCGUUGCCGCGGGCGAUUUUUUGUGUUACAAGUUCCCGACUUGGUCUUGGGAAGCUGGCGAUGGAACCAAACGAAGAGACUUCUUACCCGAGAAUAAACAGUACCUGAUCUCUCGAAAUGUUGCUUGCUUGCGUAGGGCCUCCCAAAUGGUCUACACCGACAAAGAUGAAGAUGCAGAAACCAUGAUGAGCUUUGCUGCCGAGGGUGCUGUCGGGGCAGAUGAUGAGGAAUGGGCUGUCACACAUACCACUCGACCCAACCAAUCUGCUGCGCACGAUAUUGGCGAUAUCCCCGAUCUAGACCAAAACGUCAACUCCCUCUCCUUGUCAGCCGAUAACGGGGCCGGUCGUAAUCCGGAUGCGUCGAAUAACGCAGAUGAAGCCAUCCCCAACAUGGAUGACAUUCCCGAUAUGGAUGACGACUUGGGCGAUGCCGGUGGAGUGGUUGAAGCUGAGGAUGACGCAACAGCAAGCGCUCAGGCUGCCGCCAACCAGCAGGCCGAACUUGGCCAGAACAACCCCAGUAACCUCGUUAGCGUUCGUACUUAUGACUGUCUGAUCACCUAUGACAAGUACUAUCAAACCCCCAGAAUGUGGUUAAUGGGCUAUGAUGAGCACAAAAGACCCCUGACGCCCUCCCAAACGUUUGCAGACAUCUCAUCAGACUAUGCGCAAAAGACGGUGACCAUCGAGCCCUUCCCGCAUCUGAACGGACUGAAUCUAGCCUCCGUCCAUCCAUGCAAACAUUCGAGUGUGAUGAAGAAGAUGAUCGAACGGAUGGAUGGAAGCUUCAAGGAAGCCCAACAGAAACAUUCUGCCAGCAGUGGGUCCGGCAACUCUGGCUCGGUCAGCAAGAAGAAAGGCUGGAUCGGCGGCGUGGUCAAGAAGGCGACCGGCGGUGCUAGCAUCGGCGGCGGCAGCUCAAAGGAUAAGAAGGCCGCCACCCCCACUACUAGUCCCACUAGUACUACUAGCGCUCUCGGCCCGGAAUCUCAGGAACCCGAAAUCGAAGGCUUGAGAGUAGAUCAAUAUCUGUUGGUGUUUUUGAAAUUCAUCUCAUCUGUCGUCCCGACGAUCGAAAUCGACAGUACAACAAGCGUCUAGAAACUCCCUUUCUUUCAUUCCUCUCAAUCUCCUUAUUAUUAGAUGCAUAUAUAUAUAGAUAUAUAUAUGUAGAUGUUGACGAAAAAUGAAAAAUGAAAUGAAACGAAAUUAGUUAUUUGUAUACGAGUAAAAAUCAAGUCCAUCAUGUCUGCUACACACCCCUCAAGAUCUCAUGAAUACGCACAAGAUAUUAGCAAUCCCAGCUCCUCUCUCUCUCUCUCUCUCUCUCUCUCUCUUCUCCCAACUUCAUCAUCAUAAUCAUCACCAUCAUCACCAUCAUCAUUUUCAUCACCUCAUUGUCUUUUUCCCUCUAGUUCAUCUUUGAAAGAAAGUUUUUGAUUUCCCUUGACUGUCUUAUGAAAUUAUCAAUGCAUGUAUUUGUUUUUCACUCCCCUCCCUCACAACCCAGUCCCACUCACUUGGGCGUUCUUUUU